AUGUUUAUGUCUAUGUUCAGCCACUUCGAUAUCUCGCAGGGCAAGAAGUGGAAUUUUUCUUUUGGUUUUGACCCAGUGGUAAAGGAUGGAAAUCUAAAGUCCUGUAAGGAAGCAACUUCUUCACCCGUGGCCGCUGAAUCAAAAACCACUGUGAAAGAUGAUCUGAAAACAUUAAUGCCCGGUGGGGAUAAGAAAAACCCGACCCGUUUGAGAACGAGGUUCGCACCGGAGUUUGAUGGACUACACUGCUUUGAAUGCAUUGUACCUUCUGCUUGA